CGUUUCAAGAUCACCCAAUACAUUCAAGUAACACCGUGUAUCGUUCAUGGUAAUGAAAAAUGUGACCAAUUGAUAGCGUACAAUCGAUUGCGCGAAUGGCGAGAAGAGUGACCUGACCUUUCGCCGAUGAAACAUAGACAAACUGUACUUUUCCUUCAACCACAGGAACCAGAUUUCGAUCUCUACAUGCGUUUCCUUUUACGAUUCGAACAUUUAAUUGUGUUUAUGACAGAAGUGAAUGGUAUUGUUAGAUGGUAUAAUAUGUUACAAGGUAAAGAUUCAAGGAAUAGAAUUGUUGAUAGAAUUGAUACAUGUUAUCAUAUAUGUAUGCAAGAACUUAUGUUUUAAACUUCUAUAUUUCUCGAAACUCAUAACCUAUUUCUUCAAGCCUUUCUAAUUCGUCCAAAAACAAAAUGGAAGAACCAGAACUAUUCAGAAAUUAUUCUUUUCAUCGCUCUAAAAUUAUCAGCCCAUCCUCGUUACUCCGAGAGUAUACUAACCCGUUAAAGAAGAGUGAAAAAGAGAACGAAAGUGUGUCGCAACGCAUCGAGCUCAUUAGGUUACCAAAGAGACGAUUUGCUCGGAGCGUAAAGACGGAUCGGAUCGCGGAGGAACAAUUGGUCUCGCGGGCAUCGGUAUGCGGAGCCACGAAAUCGUGCGAGUGGCGAAGAAAGAAACGGCAUUGGGACACGUUGAACAAAAGUGAAGGAAACCGACUAAAGCUCGAGGGAGGCAGGGAAAGAAGGGCGAGCAAGAAGAGACCGGAGGGUCUUCUGGCCGAGUGUGGGCUCGAGAAGUGGGGCCAUGUGUUCAGUGUCAAGUUGCUCGAAUCUUAGCCCGGUUGCCUCCUGUCCUCUGUACCAGCUCAGCUUCUUCCUCUUCUUAUUCUUCUUCGCUCGUGUUCCUCGCGUACAAUAGGAACGAAAAACUCCAAAUUGGAUGAAAGAAAAUUUUGUCCAAAUAAUUUCUGCAAGCUCCGGGUCUCUAAAUUCUUUGAUAGUUUCGAAAACAGACUUACGAGGCGCGUAAGCGAAACGCAAGGUACAGUAGGAGGGUAAAUAUACAAAAACAAUCGAACGGAAAUACUUAAGCGCGAAACGACUCCACGUGCAACGGAGAAAGGGGAGAGAGGCGAGGGGAGGUGGACGCGUUGACGGUGAAACGACAAGGGAAAGAGAACGGGAGAAGAAAAUUUUAGGCAUUGCGAGAGAGCAUCGAUGGGAACAAAGCGGACAGCAUCUGGAACGCGUUAGUAUUCUCCGUAACAACCGCCCCCGUCUUUUCGGUGUUCCCGGCAGCACCCACACGCCGUGCCUGCACCCACGAGACCGAUUCGAACAGAGAAGGAAAAUUCAUCGCUGUCGAAACAGCCACGUGCGUGCUACUCCACCGAAUAUGUUCUCUCGUUCAUUCGUUUCAAUGUUACAGGAACAAUCGACGUAUCGAUGAAUUUGGGGAAAUAUUAAUUUAUAACGAACCCAUUUUGUAUCUUAGACUCACUCAUAGUCUAACCAUAAUUUUAACCCAACCUUGAUCUAACUCAACAUAAUCUGAUUUCGUCGUACUCAGAUAAAAUUAUAGGAUCGUAACAUCCAUAACCUAACUCAAAUUUAACCCUGAUCUCAAUUUAACCUACUCUAACCUGUCUAAUAUGGUCUAAAUCUAAUGUACAUCUGAAUGUAACCUUCACUGUAAUUCUAACUUAAUGUUCCUACGUUGAUAAGAACGUAAUUAAACGUCAAGAAAGAGACAUUUAAAUAAAAUAGAUCUUCAGGAAGAUCUUUUGGGGUAUAAGAAAGUCAAAAACAUUUAUAAAUUUGUAAUUUCAAACUGAAUGUCUGAAGUGAGUAGAAGUGCAUGCUUUUGGGAUCCUCUGGCGUCUGUCGUCCUUACCGAGGGUCUAAAAUGGAGACGACUUAGGAUUUGGAGAGAGUGACGUAAACUUUUCUCGAGUGCUCCUAUUCACACGCAGUCUCGUUUCUUUUGCUCUGACGAAGCCUUC